CGUCCGUCACUACGAACCGAGAUCCACGGUACAGCAAAACAGGGGACGAUACAAGCAGUCCCUAUAAAGUACUCCUUGCCUAGCUCCCAGCCUAAGUCCUGGGUAUAGAUGAAAAGGUCUUAGAGCACGUACAGACUCUACACACCUUAACUGGGUCUCUUCUUCUACUCCGUACAAGUAUCACCAUCUCACUUCACGGUGACGGCGUUACUCCAAAAUGAGCGAUUCAUCAUCAUCCAGGCCGACCGCAACGGCUGCGGACGUUGAUCGGAUGAUUCAAGAACGGCAACACCAAAGGAGUCGGCGCGCUUGCUACCCAUGUGCAAGAAGAAAGGUCAAGUGCGACCAACACCAGCCAUGUAAAACUUGCCUUGAGCGAAGCUAUCCGGAUCUUUGCUCCUACGACCUAAAAAUCAAUCAUGGAGCCCGUUUAAGGCAUCCACGGGCGUCGCACGGCCCAGCUCCUGGCCACAAUGAACGGCCAUCUCGGAGACCUAGCAGUCCUGCCUCUCCUGCAGUGGCUGACGAACCAAGGCCUAUUUUGCCAGAACACCUUGGCAUCAGUAGGACUCCCGAAGAGGCCGUCGAGAGAGAGACGACUUUUAUGGGUGACAAUGCUGUACCCUCCGUUAUCGGCUCUCGCUCUGGACAGAGCACCACAAACACUGAUAUACCUAUGGUCCUGGGCCUGCAAAACUCGCUUCUAUACUACCCUUUUAUGGAACCACUUUCGGCUGACGAAAUAAAGCAAGAGCUUUAUAAGUGCCUGCCGUCCUACCAUGAAGUCCAAAAAUAUUUUUAUCUUUACCGUACUAUGGUCUAUCCGUUCAUGCCAAUUGUUACAGCGAUCGAUGAAUUCGAGGCUUAUAUCUGCACCUAUCUUGAACUUGCUUUCCAUUGGGAACCAAGUACGCCGGAGAAACUUAUUAUGAAGCAUCAGGGUCCAUAUCAAGCUGCAGGACAGAUCAGCCUGCUCCUCGCCACCUUAGCUUCUGGGGUUUUAUACUCCGACCUCGCUGUUGGCCCUAGGCGGGACUUGGCUCAACGUUUUACUCGCGAUUCUUUCCAAUGCUUGAGACUGGCAAAUUUCAUUCUGGCACCUUCUGAAUGCAUGCUGGAGAGCUUGCUGAUCUUGGGGAAUGUACUCCAGGACGUCGGACAAAACGAUGGAGCCUACGCUAUGCUGGGAACAACCGUGCGCUUGGCGGAGAGCUUAGGAUGCCAUUCAUCUCAACGCCUGUCUCGUCUGCCUUUUGACAAGAAACAAAAACGCCAAAGGCUUUGGUUUAGUACAGUUUUCUCAGACUGUCUAUUGUCCUCAUGCUAUGACCGGCCUCCAGCAACAACUCUCUAUCGGCAUAGCUUCUCUUCUCAUAUCCCUGAGACUGGCGUCCUUGGCUACCUGGAAGCAAUGUAUAGGCUCUGUGACAUGGGCCUCGCUUCAUUCAUGAUUGACAAAGAUCCGGAAAAUAUCCCUGCAAGGAUUUCCCUCCUAAAGGAGCUCGAUCAAAAUAUAUGGCUUUUACGCUUACUGCAUCGCUCUUUGCCUCCACCGUAUGUCGACCCGCUUUCAAACGUCGCGCCAGCCUCAGUGAAGAGCGAAGCUAUUCUCAGUUACUUCGAGAGGGAACGUCAUACCUAAAGAAAACCCUCGACACUUUCCUUAGUUUCCAAUCAAUAAGCGUCAUUCCCACACGCACAUGGUCUAUGACGCAUGCCGCAUUGACGGCCGCCCUCCUCUUACGGGCACUGGGAGAACCCGAGCGGGACCCGACAGUCCUUGACGCGCAGCACAGCUUGAUUGCCGCCCUGACGAAAGGAUACAGGAGCUCUGGUUCUGAAAGUAAUUUUAUCGAGUCCUGUGCUUGGCUUUCGGGUGCCCAUAUCCGGGCCCUGAAGGCUCUGGUUGGAUU